AGUCAAAAACUCUUUUAUUUUAAUUUAUUUUAUAUUGAUUAAUAAAUAUUUUUUUAUAUACUAAUAAAUAAAUAACAAAACUGUUUACACUUUUAAUAAUAGAUAUAGACAAAGAAACAACUCACGAUUUAAUUUCACCCCUAACUAAUAUAUAUAUAUAUAUAUAUCUAAAAUAAAGAUAUAUAUAAAAAAGACUAUUAAGUCGCUAACCCUAAUCGACGACUUAGAAUUAUAAGUAAUUCUCUCCGGUUUCAAUUCCAAGGAGCAUUGUCACACUGAGUUCUCACCCCCACUGUCGGUUCUACCGUUCUGAGAAACACAAUUUAAGUUAUGGUGCAGUAUAACUUCAAGAAAAUUACAGUCAUUCCCAAAGGGAAUGACUUUAUUGAUAUCAUCCUCUCCCGCACCCAACGCCAAACACCGACUGUCAUUCACAAGGGCUCUGCCAUCUCCAGCGUUCGUAAAUUCUACAACCGGAAAGUGAAAGCCACGCAGCAGAAUUUUCACGACAAGCUUUCCACCAUAAUCGAAGAAUUCCCUCAGCUUGAGGAUGUCCACCCAUUCUAUGGUGACCUCUUUCAUGUUCUCUACAACAAAGACCAUUACAAGCUAGCCCUUGGCCAAAUCAAUACUGCUAGGAAUUUAAUCGAUAAGAUUGCAAAGGAGUAUCAGAAGUUAUUGAAGUAUGGUGACUCUCUUUAUCGAUGCAAAUCCCUUAAGGUUGCUGCUCUUGGCCGCAUGUGUACUGUGAUCAAGCGCAUUGGCCCUAGUUUGGCUUAUCUUGAAGAGAUUAGGAAACACAUGGCUAGGCUACCUUCAAUUGAUCCGAAUACGCGGACAGUCUUGAUUUGUGGGUACCCAAAUGUUGGGAAGAGCUCAUUCAUGAACAAGAUCACCAGAACAGAUGUGGAUGUUCAGCCCUAUGCUUUCACCACUAGGUCAUUGUUUGUUGGCCAUACAGAGUAUAAGUACCUAAGGUACCAAGUGAUUGACACACCGGGGAUUCUCGAUAGGCCACUUGAGGAUCGUAAUGUCAUUGAGAUGUGCAGCAUCACAGCUCUAGCACAUCUAAGGGCUGUUGUGUUGUUCUUCUUGGACAUUUCCGGGUCAUGUGGGUACAGCAUUGCGCAGCAGGCAGCUCUUUUUCGUAGCAUCAAAUCGCUAUUUAUGAACAAACCGUUGAUUAUAGUUUGCAACAAAACGGAUUUGCAGCCGUUGGAUGGGAUUUCUGAGGAAGACAUGAAGUUGGUCGUGGAAAUGAAAUCUGAAGCUUUGAAGACUGUGAUGGGUCAAGGAGGGGAGCCUACAAAUGAUGAGGGAGUUCUCUUGACGAUGAGCAAUUUGACGGAGGAGGGGAUAAUUGCUGUAAAGAACGCAGCUUGUGAAAGGUUAUUGAAUCAAAGAGUGGAAAUGAAGAUGAAGUCUAAGAGGAUAAAUAGCUGUCUCAAUCGCUUUCAUGUUGCAAUGCCGAAGCCACGUGACCAGAAAGAAAGGCCGCCAUGUAUACCACAGGCAGUAUUCGAAGUGAGAACUAAGGAAGCAGCAGAGAAGGAGGAGAGGAAACUCGAAAAGGAUUUUGAGAUUGAAAAUGGUGGGGCUGGUGUAUACUCUGCUGACUGGAGGAAGCAUUAUAUAUUAGCGAACCAUGAAUGGAAAAAAGACGGAAUCCCAGAAAUUCUUGAUGGGCACAAUGUUUACGACUUCAGUGAUCCUGAUAUCUUACAGAGGCUGGAGGAGUUGGAGCAAGAAGAAUGUCUUCAGCAGGAGGCAGAUGUUGAUGUUGAGAUGGAUGGCACAGAAUUGACCCCGGAAGAGGAAGAAGCACUAGCUGAGAUUAGGAAAAAGAAAAGCUUGCUUAUUCAACAACAUAGGAUAAAGAAAAGCACUGCAGAGAACCAACCCAUUGUACCAAGAAAAUUUGAUAAAGAUAGGAAGUUCACAUCAGAGAGAAUGGGAAGGCAAUUAUCAACAUUGGGGCUUGAUCCAACUUUGGGAAUUAAUCGAGCCUGCAGCAAGUCCAGGGGUCGUAAGAGGAAGAUAUCACUUGAUCGUGGAGAGGCCAUGGAUGUGGAUGUUGAACAACCCGCCAAGAAGCUGCAGAUGAGGUCUACAUCACAAUCAAGGUCACGGGGUGAGGUUGUCCCGGGAGAGGGCUUCAAGGACUCUGCUCAAAAGCUGAAAGCUCUAAAACUGGCUAAGAAAUCUGUCAGGAAGAGGAACAAGGAUGCUAGGCGGGGAGAGGCAGAUAGAGUCAUUCCUUCUAUGAAACCAAAACACUUGUUCUCUGGAAAGCGCUCCAUCGGGAAAACCACUAGACGGUAAUGAAGUUUCAGGUAUAUAACACAGGUGUUGUGUAGCUAAUGUUGCUUUGGCAUACCCAUCAAACUCAGCAUGUAGGAAUUUUGCUUGUUCUUUUCUUAAGCUUGCCGUGGCGUUACUCUUUUAGUUUUGAUCAUCUUUAUCUGAGUAUAUGUUCUUAGAUUUUUUUAAUAAUUUCAAUUUAAGGUUAUAUAACGCAGAUUUGCGUUCUUGUUUGCUUUGCCUUUUCUCA